AUGGCUGGCCCGAUGCCGAAACAGGACAGCACGCACCAGGACCCUGAGAAGCCGAAGAAGGCUUCUAAGCGCCACCUUGCGCUUGGUGUGGGGACGUUGCUGGCACUAAUUGCUGCUUAUGUUUAUAAACAGGGUGGCAAAGAGGAACUGCUGAAUGUCAUCCGGGAAACGCUUCUUUCGCUGCAAUCCCUGCGCAACUAUGGUGCUUUGGGUUGGGUGAUUUUUGUGGUUGUGUUUAUUGCCCAACUCACAGUUUGUCUGCCUGGCACUAUGGUUGUGGACGUGGCACUUGGAAAUAUCUAUGGUGCAGUCUUGGGGACGGCAGCCAGCGUGCUGGCAAAGACAAUAAGUGCACUGGUGUCACUCUUCUUGGGCCGCUUGUUUGGACAGGCUGCACCUUUAUGUCUUCGGCAUGCGGAAAUGAGACAGAAGUCGUUUGUUCAAUGUACUUGA